AGCGCAGAUCGAUGAUCGCCGUGUUCCGCCAGCGGGACCCCAAUGCGACUAGACGGCUCAAUUGACCAGAUUUUCUAGUCUAAUUUUAACCGUCUUCGCGUUGGCGGUAUAAAAGCUAGUUAAUGAAUAAUAUGGUCAGCAUUCUUCUAGAACUCUUCGCAGACGACAGGUCAAAAUGCGUGUCCUCAUUAUUUUAGGCAUUGUGGCAGCGGCAAGUGCCGGAAGUUUAUCCGGUUAUAACUACGGACAAGGUGCAACCACCAGCAUUGGAGGAGGUGGUGGUUCCCAGGUGGUUCCUGCUUUGGCGGGACCAGUUAGCUACAAUGCCGCUCCCCAGGCCUCCGUCCACAAAGAGUUCUACAGCUUCUACGCCAACGAUGCCGACUUCGAGGAUCACGAUGCGCUUCAGAGGGCCCUUUCCACGAUCAAGAAGAACGUCCGCGUGAUCUUCAUCAAGUCACCGGAGAACCGUGGCUACGAGAACGCCGUUUUGGCCCUGGCCAAGCAGGCUGCCCAGCAGCAGACCGCCAUCUACGUGCUGCACAAGCAGACCGACAUCAAUGAGCUGGCCCAGAAGUUCAACGCCGUUCGCCAGAACGCCAACAAGAAGCCGGAGGUUCACUUCGUGAAGUACAGGACUCCCGAGGAUGCUGCCAAUGCCCAGAAGGCCAUCCAGUCGCAGUACGAUCAGCUGGGCGGUUCUAGCCAGUCCAUCAACGGAGGAGUUGCUAACGCCAUCAACUUCGCCUCCCAGGGAGCCGCUCCCGUUCGAUCCGCUCCACAACAGGUGCCCCAGAGCAACUAUCUGCCCGCCUCCAUUCUGAACCGCCUGCGUCACUAGAAAAUCACGUUGUUAAAGUUGUUGUCGAAUAAAAAUUAUUUAAUUUGUA